AUAAUACGAUCCGAAUCCCCUCUUGUCGAGAAACGAGCGACCGGCUCAACAAUCCCGCGGGUGGGCAACUCGCUCGUUGAAUCCCCGGCGAGCAACCGACGCUCGGAGUUGGUUGGACGGCCGCAAAAGGAGCUCAGUUUCUCCCGAAUCGACGCCCGGUGCACACGACCCAUGAUUGGAUGGAGUUAUCGUUAAGUGUACUGAUCGCAAUAACAAAUAGAAACGAGUUCAAUUGCACUGACAAACACGUCGUGAGGACAGUCGAACCCGUCGAGUUGCCUCCUCCCAUGUCAGUCUCCAUUUUAUGCUAUUGUUGCGUGCUGUGUUACAAAGAGUGUUCCCCUGAUUAUUAAAGGCAGCCAGUGAGUGGAUGAGUGAGUGAGUGAGUGCUUCGUUGGUAAAAAAAGAUGUUCCUUGUGAGACCACAUCUGUGAACGGAGCUCCCCAAUUUCAGUCCAUCACCGUUCAUCAUGCAGCGCAGAAACAAAAGGAAAUCUCUCGAGCCGAAGAAGCUCAACGUCUCCGUUGGUGGUGGAGCUCUGGAGCCGACAGCUGAGGGUGGCCGAGUCAGCCUAGAGGCCAACACACCCAUGAAGCGCCAACGAUUGGGCAGCACGGGCAGUGAUGAGCGAUCCAGUCUCCAAAACUCCAUGAGUCCGGGGAGCAGCCACAACGAGAUCCAUUCCUCCAGAUCCCCUUCACCGACAUCCAACCCAGAAUGCAGCCUGGCACCUAAGAUGAGGUACAAACAAACAGCAGCCAAAGCGGCCCUGAUAUCCAAGCAACAGCAACCGAAGACAGAGCGAGGCCAUGAGCCGGGGAACAAACGCCCCAGCAACCCCUUUCGACCCUGGGACAACGACGAAGGACCAGCAGAUGAACCAGGGUCGGCGGCCACCGAUGCCCGGCCCUCCUCUGGACCAAUCCGAGCUUCACCAAUAUUAGCCCUGCCAAAUUACCCUGUCAUUCCACCUGUUUCUCCCAUGCGCCAGGUACCGGAUUACCAGAGUUCCCUGGCCUCCUUAUUCCUGACCAACCCCACUUUGAGAGGCAGUAUACCGGCAGAGCUGAGCAGCCUGUCCCCUAUCAUGCCUCUUUUGGUACCACCAACUACUUACACACCAGCACCAGCACCACCACCUGUACAAGAUGAGCCUUUGGCACUUGUCAAGCAUAAGAGAGAAGGAGAAAGUCCGGAGCCCUCAUCAUUCCAGCCAAUUGUUGCUUCGGAGAAUCGGACCGCCUCUUGGAAGCGCGACGCCUUCACCUCUGCCUUGGCCGCCCAUCUGGCCCCAGUUUCAACGGCUGGUCUACAACCGCGGUCUUGGCAUGAUAAGGCCAUGUCCUCCCAAGGGUCUGAUUCGGGCUUGAAUCAGUCCAACGAUCGAGGUCCGUCGCCCUCCGGGAGCUCGGACCCGAGUCCGUCCAGUGGCAAAGGCAAGCAGCGCAACUAUAAGAACAUGACUCGAGAGCGACGCGUUGAGGCCAAUGCACGAGAACGCCAACGGGUCCACACCAUCACGGCGGCCUUUGACACCCUGCAGAACGCCAUUCCGACCGAGGACUCCAGUCAAAAGCUGUCCAAGUUGUCCAUCAUCAAGAUUGCAACCAGUUACAUUAUGGUGCUAUCUCGGAUGGCCGGCUAUGACUACUCCAUCGAUCAAUCGGCCCCCUCUGUGGAGGAUUGUAUUGAGAAGUGCUCAGAUUUGAUCUAUUCCGAGUCGAAAGUGCGCAAGAAAACGUCCUCCAAUCGAGAUAGUGAUUAGUUGAAGUCUCCUACUCCCAUGCCUAAUAGGGUAUAUAAGUGGACUCGUUCGAAGCUCCUUCUUUCAAGAAAAAGAAGAAAAGACAAGUGUUUUUAAUGGAUGCGUGGUCAUCCAGCGUUUUGUGCAAUCUGGCUGUGAUAUCGUUUUAUUUAUUGUUCGUCAAAAUAUAUUGUUUUCCAUUCUCAUACA